AUGGCUCCCGAUCUGUGGAUUCCCUUGGCCCAUCUACCCAAGGCAGCGUCUGGCAAAAUCGACCGACGUUUAUUGAGAGACACCGCAGCGGCAAUGUCGCAAAGAGAUCUUUACGCCUUUGCGGGAUCCCUGACAGAGAAACGGGCUCCUGCCACUUCCAGUGAACGGACACUACAGCAAGUGUACGCUGAUAUCCUCCAAGUCCCGCCCACCGCCAUUGACAUGGACGAUACCUUUUUGCGCCUUGGUGGUGAUUCCGCCCAGGCUAUUCGUCUGGUCAGGGCUGCAAGAAAGGCGGGACUGACCGUUCAGAUGCAGGAGGUCCUCGCUAAGGUCAGUAUCGCCGACCAGGCGGACAAGGCCAUAACGAUUGCAUCUUUGCCUGAGGCUAUCUAUGAGCCAUUCAGUCUGGUGGGGGCCUCUGUGCAGGCUGAUGUUCUUAGGCUGGGCCAGGAGCAAUGCCGUGUGCAACGGUCCCAGAUAGAAGACAUUUAUCCGUGCACGCCCCUGCAAGAGAGCAUGUACUCAUCCUCGUUGCAGCACCCUGGAAUGUACACCGGAAACAUUGUUUUUCGAAUCCCUCUCGGUGUGGAUAUCUCCAGGUUGAAACAUGCGUGGAAGGACACGGCGGACAACAACCCCAUCCUGCGCACGCGGAUUAUCCAAACCUCACAUGGGUUUUUUCAAGUCGUUGUCGACACCUUUGCGUGGCGGGAACAUACCGGCUCCAUUCUGGCAACUCCGGGAUUCACGGAGCUGGUCGGGCAACCGUUGGUUCAAUACCUUCACAAAGAGAAGGAUCGUGAGCUGGUAUUAACGAGUCACCACGCUGUGUCGGAUGACUGGGCGCUACGUCUCGUUCUACAGCAGGUGGAAGCUGCGUAUCAGGGUCAUUUGCUGGAGAAGCAGCAUUUCCAUCCCUUCAUUCAAUACACCCAGAACCUUCGGGGCGUGGAGGAGUUCUGGGCUACGCAGCUGUCUGAACUGGAUGCCGCGUCCCUCCAACAUCAAAUCGAGGGGCUUUGCGUAAACAAGCGAACGCCUCAUACGCUCCCCACUUACAUCUACCUUGCGUGGGCAUUGCUCAUUGCUCACUAUACUGAUUCGCCCGAUGUGGUGUACGGCGCGACCCUGAGUGGACGCAAUGCCUCAGUCCCAGCCAUUGAGGCCAUGGUCGGACCAACAAUCACGACCCUUCCAUUGCGCGUUCAAUUGCAGUCUGGAAUUUCGGUAGUGACCGCGUUGGACCAGGUACAAAAAACUCUGGCUUCAAUGAUUCCGUACGAACAGGCCGGGUUGCCACGGAUUGCCAGGAGUUGCCAGGAUGGCACGAGAGCCUGCCAGUUCCAUAACCAACUCAUAAUCCAGUCCCCGGAGGAAACAGACCAUACAAGUCUUUUUGAAAUCGUCCAAGCGUCCGCCCAUACCGGGCUGGAUUAUACAACCUUCUGUGGGUUCGCGAUGAUGCUGUCGGUCCUACCCAGCGCAGACCGGACCAGGAUGGCUAUUGAUACUGCGUUCGAUCCCCAUGUCGUCUCGCCGGAUGCUGUGUCAGUUUACGCACAUUCUGCGUCAGAUCCUGCAGCAGCCUGCGCAGCAGAUAGAAACAACCUAGGCGGCUUGUGCUCCUCCCUCGCCUACCGACUUAGCUUGCUGGACAUGCACCCAAGUUCUUCAGUAGGGAUCUGUUUGGAGCGGAGUAAAUGGAGCGUUGCCGCUAUCCUGGCCGUCCUGCGCGCCGGGGGAACAUGUAUCCUCCUGGACUUGCAUCAUCCACGCCAGAGAAUUCACGAUAUUCUCAAAGAAACUUCCGUUCAAGUCAUGAUCAACAGCCAGGCGAUGGCGGCAGUAACAAGCGGCCUCACGCCAAUUGAGGUUCGUCUCGAUCCAGCGAUCACAGAGCUCCUGCCCCAGACGCCCACCGGUCGUCCCAAAGGCAUCGUCAUGCCACACAGCACCCUAGCCUCCAGUAUUAAGUAUCAUAGUGCACCGAUGAAUGUCGGUGCUGAUUCGCGGGUGCUCCAUUUCUCCUCGUAUGCGUUUGAUGUCAGUAUAUAUGAGAUCUUCACUACACUGGCGGCGGGCGCAACCCUCUGCAUUCCGUCGGAAUUUGAACGUAAAAACGCGCUUGCCGAGACGAUCCGCCGAUUCCAGGCCAACUGGGCGUUUCUCACCCCAUCAACAGUGCAGACUUUGCAACCCUCGGAAGUCCCAUGCCUGUCGACCUUGGUCCUGGGAGGGGAAGCUGUCACCCGCGAAAACGUCGAUGUUUGGGCCCCUGGUCGCACGCUGGUCAACGGAUACGGUCCCGCGGAAGCCACCAUCUGCGGUGUUGGAACCAUUCCGCCGACGGGGUGGAAGCCGGGGUUGAUUGGGUCAAUUGUCGGUGGUGUCGGCUGGGUGACAAUGCCCACUGACACGUCACAGUUGGCUGCCAUCGGGGCCAUCGGAGAGCUGCUGCUGGAAGGACCUUUUCUGGCUGCAGGAUACUUCAACCUCCCGGAUGUCACGGCCGCUUCAUUUAUGAAGUCCCCGGCAUGGAGACAGACAAUGCCCCUGGGUCCAUCCUCGGGUCUCUAUCGGACGGGAGAUCUCGUGCAGUACCAGGAUGAUGGAACCAUUCGAUACAUGGGCCGUCAGGGCACGCGCAUGAAGUUGCACGGCCAACUGAUCGAACUGGGAGAAAUCGAAACCAACACGCUCCAUGAGUUCCUUGCGGCCAACGGAGUAGCCACGGCUCGACGUGCCGGGCUCAACUUCACCGUGGCGGACGUCCUGAGCCCGAGCAGCUCGUUGUCAUCUCUUGCACUCUCCUUGCUGGAAGUCAGGCCCGGUCAAGAGAAACCUGUUUUGUCUGCUCCAGCUCAACCAUCUAUCCUCACAUCAGUAGGUUUCCAGCAACAUCUCAGCUCUCUACAACAGCAAGGAAUACCGCCCCUGGCAGGAAAUGUGACCAGCGCGCGGCCAGCUACGGAAGCACAAUCAAUACUCGUCUCGCGGUAUCUGUGGUUCAAUUUCCAGUUUCCAUUCCAAGGCAAACUCAAUGAAGAUAGACUGCGAGAUGCUUGUCGGGCACUUGUUCGUGCUCACAGUGUGCUGCGAGUUGUCUUCACUAAAUAUCGCGAGGACCUCGUCCAAUUAACCCUAGCGGAAGAUAUGGAUCUCCCUCUGCAGGUUGUAACGACCCAUAACCAGUUAGACUCCUUUUGUGAAUCUCUUUGCCAUUCGGAGCAGGCUGUUUCGGUUCCUUCAGCAGGAGUCGCGACCCGUUUUACCCUGGUAUCCAAUCCCAUGCAUACAGACCAGCGACUCAUCAUCCGUCUGGCCCACGCCCAGUAUGAUGCCAUUUCCAUUCCGAUUCUGGUCCACGAUCUCGAAUCAGUAUACAAUGAUGGAAAGAAGAUCGCGGAUACCUCUUUUGACCGGUGCCUUGAACAACGAGCGCGGCACUCCGAUCAAGAGCAGCAGCGAGCCUUCUGGCAGGAGUAUCUGGCGGGCUCUUCUCCCCUUACCUCAUCUCCCCUCGAUCUCACGUCGGCCACCCACUUGGUCACAGGAACCUGUGAUAUCGCUCUCCCAGCUAGGCUCCCACCUUCGGUCACUCUUCCCACUGUCGUGAAAGCCGCUGCCUCUCUAGUCCUCGCUCGACACCUCCACCGACCUGAUAUCGUCAUCGGUCAGAUCGUCGAUGGGCGCAGUCUGCCAUUCCCCGACGUCGACCGAGUUGUAGGGGCUUUUAACAACUAUAUACCGUUCCGGGUACAGCCUCGUGCGUCCAUGACCGUCCGAGACUACCUCCUCCAUGCCCAAAGCCAGCAUGCCCGGAGCUUAGGUUCCGAGUCUGUAGAUUUGCGCACGAUCGUCUCGCACUGCACCGAUUGGCCGUCUUCGACGGAAUUCGGGUAUAUUGUGCAGCAUCAGACGGCUAAUCACGGCCUAACGUUGACGCUAGGGUCCAAGUCUUCGUCUCUCAAACUGGUGGGCAGUCUCUCGCCCGGAUCGGAGGUGUGGAUUUGCUCUACCGAGACUCCAUCUGGGGUGAGAAUUGAUAUUCACUCCUCAGCGCAGAGGAUGAGUCUCGACCGGGUCACAUCUAUGGCGUGUGACGUUUGCGCAAUGAUUAAUGAUCUUCUGACGAAGUUGGAUGGGUAUUUGUGUGCUAUUGAAGGGAUCACAUUCCUAAGCUAG